AUGUCGGGUCUAGGCGCGUUGGCACUGUUUGGUUUCUCGUGUUUGUCCAGCGUUGGCCUGUUUGCGAACGAGAGGAUCCUCUUCAUGUCAAACGGUCAUUAUCCGUUGUUCACAUACUUCGCCUUCAAGGUCCUGUUCGACAUUUUGCCAUUGCGCAUCGUGUCGCCCAUGCUAUUUGGUGGUACAGUGUACGGCCUCGUCGGCUUCGUGCCGACCGUAGCUGCCUUCUGGAAAUUCCUGCUCACGCUCGUGCUGUUCAACCUCACGACCGCGAGUGCGGUGCUGCUCAUCGCCGUUGCGUGCGAGAGCACGAGCGCCGCAAACUUCGCGGGAGCGUUGGUGAUGCUGUUCAACUUGCUGUUCACUGGUCUGCUCAUCGACCGGUCGAAAGUGCAUCCUUUCCUUCAAUGGUUGCACACCAUCUCUUUCUUCCAUGCCGCGUUCGAGGCGCUCUUCGUCAACGAGCUCCGCUAUCUCCAGCUCAAGGAGGUCCAGUACGGCGUCGAGAUCGACGUGCCGGCGGCGACGAUCCUGUCCAUCUUCGGCCUGCGCGCGCAGUCGUUCUGGUGGCCGAACAUCGCGCUGCUGAGUAUCUUCUUCGUGGCGUUCACGUUCUUGAGUUAUCUCGUGCUGCAUUUCCACGUGCGAGAGAAGCGGUGA